AUGUCUCCCCGUUCAAAAGUCGUUAUUAGAAAUUCUUCCCCCCGAGGUCGAUCGCGGGGGCACAACGCGGCACCAGCCGGGCAGGAAACGCGGCUCGUCGCCCCGGUGCACUCAUUUUUCCGCCGGAGAAAGCGCCGAUGUCGGAAACGUAGUUCGGCGGGCUCCCUCGACGGCCGGCCGAAGACCCCACCCGACCGGAAGAUAAUUUCCCGGAAUCGCUCGCUGCCUUUGUCCGAACGUAUCUGUCUGCGUGACCCUUGGCAGACCGAUCCGGGCUGCGGUGGGAUUCCUCGCAGUGAGCCGUUCUGGUCGCGAGGGACCGCGCUAAGAGGUAAGCGCUCGGGAGCUAUUCGGGGCCGGCGCGGGGCUCUCGCCGGGCCACCCCGGUUUCUCGGAGCCGGCGCGGGGUCUCCGCCGGCGCGGUUUAGGAGCGUGCCGCCGCUCCUUUCCUCGAGCCCUAGCGCGGCUACGGGGUCGUCUCUGCCCCCAGAACUUUUUAGCGGGCGUCUCGCCUCCGCGGUGCCGGGAGUCGGAAGCGACGCCGAGGACCGUGAAAUGGAAGCUUUCUCCGAUUCCGCAGGCCGCGCGGGGGGUCCCGGCGGAGCCCAUCGGUCUCGUCGGAACUCGCGUCGGAGAGCCGCUCAACCGCCUCCGUUUUUUCGCGAUCCGGCCGAGAGCGAGCGUGAUCCCGGGGCCGCCUCGGACCCCGGGAGGGUUUCGCGGGCGCUUCGGCCCCUGCCGCUCGCCGCGGCGGAGCCCGUAUUUCCUCCCUCCUUCGUUUGCGUAACUUCAGACGCGUCGUCUCGCUUCUAUCGCGGAGACGCGGCGGGACGGCUUUCGAAACCGGUUCGCUGUUUCGGACGACGCGUUGCCUUCUGUAGAAAGGGAGACCGGCGACUCGGCGGGAGAGAGGCGGCGGCAGAGCGACGAGAGAAUGGGGAGCGCCGGGGGAAGAAGGCUCGAGUGGUAGGCAAGGGGCCGGAGGACGGCCGUCAUCGCCGAGGCGUUCAGAAAGGGCGAGGAGGACGGCUCGCACGACUACGGGGAACAGCCUUUUCGAGACGUCGUCCGCGAGCGAGAGGAAGUGAAGGGAUUUCUAAGGAGCAGCGUUCUACCGGGCUUGUUUGCAGCCGAUGUCUCCGUCUGGGCUUUGCUGAAAGCUGCGCUUGGAGAAGAAGAGGAGGAGCCCUACUGGGUAGGUGGCAUUUGUGUCGCUUGCACCCUCGGGCUCUUUUGAGGUGCUUGUUCGGUUCUGUGCCUCUGGGUGGUGACGAGUACUGCCUGGGUGUCGUGCGGUUUGUGUUGCAGGGCUUGGUGUUCCAUAGCUGUUUUUUUUUCCCUUAAGCUUGUUUGCAGCAGAUGUGUCUGCCUGGGCUUUGCUGAAAGCUGUGCUUGGAGAAGAAGCCCUACCGGGUAGGUGGUGUAUCUUUGUGCGGGAUGGAGGUUUAGAGGUUUUUGGAGUUGUUGAUGUGAGAGCUUGGUCUGCUUUUGUUUAGAGUUAGGUGUUUGUGCUUGGCCUUCAACUGUGGGGGAGACGGGCAGGAGCAGCUCACGCUCUGUGCGCUGCUCCUGCCCAUCUCCCCUUUGGUAUGGGGUUGCUGACCUAUCUCAAAGAGAUUAUUUUUUUU